AUGACGUUUAGCAGUAGCAGUCUAAAAGCAGUAGCAGUGGUAAUUGAGCCUAAGGACAGGGAAGCCAACACUAUGUACAAACAAGCUUUAGAUUUUCUUUCAAAAGCUUUGGAAGUUUGGCCAAAUGCGAACGUCAAAUUUAACUAUUUAGAAAAGCUGCUUAGUAGCAUGCCACCGUCUCAGUCAGAUCCGUCCACAGCACUUGCUCAGGGCUUGGAUGUCAUGAACAAGGUUCUGGAGAAGCAGCCGCAUCUUUUCAUUAAAAACAACAUCAGCCAGAUCUCACAGUUUCUUGAGCUGUCUUUCAAACACAAGAUGUUCGACGCUGGGAAAUCGCUAUGCUCUUUGUUGAAGAUGGUUUUCAUCGCCUUCCCACAUGAUGGAGCUAGUACGCCUCCUGACAUAAAGCUGUUGUAUCAGAAAUUCAGUGAGCUGAUACAAAAACAUGUGCAUCCUGUUACUGCUCCACAAGUGUCAGGAGAUGAUAACUCUCUCGGUUCAAUCAGCUUUGUACUUGUUGUCCUCAAAACCUUGGCAGAGGUUCAGAAAAACUUUGUUGAUCCUUAUGUACUGGUGCAUAUCCUUCAGCGUCUUUCGCGGGAUCUGGGAUCAGCAGCGGGUGCUCAUCCUAGACAAGGUCUUGAUCUCCUCCUAGCCAUUUUAAUUGAGGAGAAGCCCAUUACGCUAGCACCGAAUUCUGCCAGGGUAGUACCACUUUUGUCAUCACAAAAUCCUGGAACACAUUACCAACCACCUGCUAUGCCAGAGGGACCUGAAGAAGUUGGCUCAAUGUUUGAUAGCAUUGUAAUGAAGCAUGCACAAUUUCUUAGUGCGGCAAGCAAACUUCAG